GAAACGAGCCUUUAACCGGGCCUCUGGAGUCACCUAUUGAAGGAAGGAAGGAAGGGAGGCAGGAUCUUCGGUAGUACUUGUGGGAAGUACGAAGUGAGGUUAAAUCGGGGUGGAGGUGUAAACCAUGUCAAUUUAUCCGUGACAAGUGUUAGGAAGAGACUCGAGCGAGACGCGUAACAUGACAAAGGCACGUGAGCCGUGUUAUCGAUAGUAAUAAAACGUUCUAGUGCGAUCGACGCUCCUUCACGAUGACUGAUAACUUAACGAAAGUUUUCGCAGCCGAGGACUUCAACCCGGAGAAAUUCGUGAAAGAGCUCAGCGCGCAAUGUGUCGGUGCGGACGAGUUGAGGCAGCAACGCGCCAAAAUACAGGAACUGGCGAACAAUACGUCCGCUCAAUUAAAGCGAAAUGUCUACCAAAACUACAUGCAGUUUAUCGAGACUGCCAAGGAGAUCUCGCAUCUGGAGAGCGAGAUGUAUCAACUGUCUCAGCUGUUGAGCGAACAACGUGCCUUGCUGAGUACGCUGGGCUCCACCAGAACAGCUGGUGUUGUUUUCGAGGAUCUCUCUGAAUCGCAGCAAGAGAACUCGAACGAUACUGUGUCCAAAGAAGAGGAACAGAAGCAGAAACUGAUUCAACUGAUCGAAAAUGUGGAAGGCGCUCUGAGCUUAGCAGAGACUCCAGGACGUGCGUGCCUGCACGAAGGCUCCCUACUAGAGUUAGAUCCGAUAGAAGGAACGCCGCUGAAGAGGAUCCACGCCUACUUAUUCAACGAUGUCCUAAUGAUCGCAUCCUGGCUGGCGAACGGUGGCAGGCGUGGUCCGCCUAGGUAUAAAAUGCAGGCUGUUUAUAAUCUCGAGAGUUUGGCGAUCGUCAACGUGAGAGAUCACGGCACCGUGAAGCUGGCGUUCAAGCUCCUGGCGUUCUCCGACACGAGGGUGUUUCAAUGCGCCACAGCGACAAGUAAAAAAGAGUGGUUGGAUAAGUGCGAGCAGGCGAAGAGAGCGAAACUAGCCGGGGAGAAUUCGAGUGGCGCCCCGGACGAAGGUAAGCGCGCGAAGGAGGAGAAAGUGCCGCCGUCUCGUUCGAUGUCUUUGGAUUCGAAUACAUUAGGCAUGGACGACGACGACGACUCGGAGUAUCACGAGCCGCCGCCGGAGUGGGUGCUGGAAGUAGCCGAGGAUCUGGAUUCCUGCAUAGCGCAGCGUCACUUCGAGGAGGCUUACAGCUUGUUGGAGAAGGCGAAGACGUACCUGAAGGACGCCCAGUCAACGCCGUUGCUGACGGAGAUCCAGACGAAGGUGAACGAGAGGGGUCGUUCGCUGGUCAACGUGCUGACGAAGGAGCUGGAGUCGAGUGCCGAAGCCAAGUCGUUGCAAGGCGGCGGCCUGAGAAGCGCGCGACGCGUGGUCAAGCUGCUGAUACAGCUGAACAGGAGCGCACAGGGGUGCCACUUGUACUUGCGGCUGUGCAGCGCUGUGCUGAAGGCGCGCCUGAAGAGGAUCAAGAGGGAAGGCACGACCGCGGCUUAUGUGAAGCAACUCAGCGCGAUCGCCUUCAGCAACAUAGUGGAGAUAGCCAGGGAAUUCCUGAAAACCUUCCCCCAAUCUACGAACUGCACGUCCGGUUUAGUCGUGUGGUGUAGCCAGGAGGUGAAACACUUGACGUCGCACUUGGCCAAGCAACUCUUUAUGCCGCAAGUUACGCUGAGCACGUUAGUGGAAUGCAUCGUCACCGUUCGAAGUCACUGCGAUCAGUUAACCCAGCUCGGCAUGGAUUUUCGUUACCAGUUGGAUGGCCAACUCAGGUCCCCAUUAGCCAAAGCCAUCCAAGACGCGGGAGAGAACCGUGCCGGCACGGUGAAGCUCAACGUCUCGGAAGACACUUGGCGACCGACUAAUCUGGAAACUAGUCAGAAUCUCCAAAAGUUUUUGUCGGAACUUGAAGAUCUCGGUAUCGGUAUACCGUCGUCGUCGUACUCGGCGAACGACUGUUGGAUACCACUGACUCACAAUACAUUAAGCUUCUCCAAGAUCUACGUCAGCCUAUUGGAAGACUGCCUCAGCGUGGCUACGCCUGAGCUCAUGUCCACGAUAGAUAACGUGCUCGUGUCCGUGAUGCGGGUCGAAGUUCAACACUUGAUUGUCUCGCUUACAGAUCCGAAAUUAAAGCAGGAGCGAAAGUUAGUACAAAAUAACGCAGCCUACGUGCGAGACGUUAUCAUCGCCCGGGGCCUGGAACUGUACAAAUCCACGACAAAUCAGAAAUUUACGAAACUGCUCGCCCUGAAAGAGCAGAUCGUGUUCGAGUCGCCGUCGCCGGCGAAACCGAGGCCCGCUCCGCGAACUUCAGUUCCUAAAUAUUCCACCACGGAGUACCUUUAACUGAAAUAAGAGACGCUAUGCCGCUAUAAAUUCAACGAUAGAACCGUCGCAGGGACAAGUGCUUAUAUAUGUGCGAAACAAUGUAUUAUAUUGUACAUAUGUGACAGAGUCGCUUUGGUGUAGCAAAUACACAAUACGCAUUGAGAUGGAGCGAAAGCGAUCCGUCUCACGUCUAAUGCAGGUACCACAUUAGUCGUAAACAUCGUAGGACACUUUUUCUAGGAUGUAUCUUUGUAGAAUACUUGGAACGAACAAAUGCGGCGUUGCCCUAACAGUGCGAAUAAUACAGUCUGUAAUAAUGUUGUAAUAUACCUAAUAGAUAUUUACAAUGAAUUGCAUAUAGGUAAUUCAUGUGUAUGCCUAUGAGAUUAUUUAUACAAUAGCACUAUUUUGUACUGUUGUCGCUG